UACUACCAGGCGGGUCCCCUGAAAACCUACUCUGCUAGUACAAUCGCGUGGAUCCCGUCACUUCAGAUCUUCUUCCUGUUCGCCAUGGGGCCACUCGUCGGUAUUCUGUAUGAUAAAUAUGGAGCGCGAACUCUCAUCCUCGCGGGCACACUGCUUCACGUUUUCGGGCUCAUGAUGGCGUCUCUGGCAACGAAAUACUAUCAAUUUCUCCUGUCCCAAGGAGUGUGCAGUGCUAUCGGAUUUGCAAUGAUCUACCCGCCUGGUGAGUUCGAUUUCCUGACCACCAUACCAUUGCCGCUUGCUAACUAGGUAUGUGAUAAAGCAAUCAGCAGCCUUGCCACCUGGUUUGUGAAACGGCGUGGAUUCGCUAUGGGCGUCAUGGUGACGGGCUCGUCAGUCGGUGGCGUUAUUUUCCCUAUCAUGAUCAGUCGCAUGAUUGACAGCGUGGGAUAUCCUUGGGCGAUGAGGACUGCGGCAUUUCUCAUUCUUGGUGUGCAAAUAUUUGCUGUGUUUACAGUGCGCCCGAGGACGAAACCCGUGGCCCGCAAGAUAUCUUUCAGUCACUAUCUUACGCCCUUCACCGAGUACCCAUUCGCCCUGUUGCUGCUGGGACUCUUCUUCCUGACUUUUGGCAUCUACCUUCCGGUCGUGUACCUAGCAUCUUCAGGGUAUCAGGUGGCCCAUAUGUCCCAGGAAAUGGCCCAAUACUUGGUCCCUAUUUUUAACGCCGUGAGUCUCUUCGGCCGUCUCGUUCCUGGGUAUAUUGCCGACAGGAUCGGCAGAUGGAAUACGUUCAUCAUCGCCUGCGCUUUGUGCGGAGUCUCAGAGCUCGCCGUCUGGCUUGUUGCAAAGACGUCGGCCAAGAUGAUCGGUUUCGCCGUCUUCUUUGGUUUCAUGUCGGGAGCAUUCACAAGUCUGUCUGGCGCUCUGCCUAUAUCGGUGUCGCCUGCGGGCGAGAUCGGCUACCGCUUGGGACUCACAUAUUUGGCUUUCUCGAUCCCCGGCAUUACUAUGGGAGUCAUUGGCGGUCCAAUCAUCGAAAGCUCAUCGUUCGGUUGGUCGGGCGUGGAGCUAUUUGCGGCGCUCACAUGUUUUGUCGGGUCUGCAAUUACGUUAUAUUCGAGAUGGCUCUACACCAACAAGAAGUUUUUCGAGAGAUUUUGAGGAAGGCGGAAGAGGCACUCCGGAUUUACUGAUGGCGACGUGGUAGAGUGUGGACAAUUUCUGCAGAGUAAGAGGAAUUUUAUCACACUCGGCAAUCUGCACUUUUCCACCCCGAUCACCAACUCCAUUCAGAAUGUCAGCAAGACACAGGAAAACGUAUUGAGCAGAAGAACAUAGCGGGAGGAUAGGGCGGGACAAUGCCAAUACGAAGUACUUCGUAUUCCAGGCGCACGGUU